AUGAAUCACCCCACCGCGGAGACUAUACCAGGAUCACCAACUGGGUCUGAAACAGAGCUGAAUCAACAGAAGAAACGCCGCCUCUCUAAUUCCCCAGUUAACUCCACCACCACCACUACAACAUCAACAUCAACGUCAGCAUCAACAUCUAAUGAGACUAGAAAGUUGGCGCAAGCAUCACGGACUCUUCGUGCAUGUGAAUUGUGCCGUAAGCAAAAAACACGAUGCUUUAGAUCACCCGAGUACCCGACUUCUUGUUUGCGCUGUCGUUUCUUGAGCAAAACUUGUUCGUUCAAAUUAGAGGAAUCUGAAUCAGCAUCAACUACAUCAACAAAUGCAGCCACAAUUGACAGUCAAGGUAAUUUCAAGGUCGAUUUGAUUUUGGACAGAGUUAACGAAUUGUUGAGUAUAGUGAAAAGUGGCCAAAUGAGUUCAGUUGAGCAUGCAGGCAAUGGUGUCAAUACUCCCGGCCAAGACCAGUUGAUAAACAGUGAUGCGCGAUUGUUGUUGGAGACAGCCAGUUCCAUGCAAGGUCACCAUCAAAUCAACUCCAAUUCGUUGUUGAAUGUUGAGUUGUUGGAGCAGACAACUUUGGAUUUCCAAAGCGCCACACCAAGUUUUGUCACGGCUCCAUUCACAAUAGUUAGAAAUUCAAUGAAGAAUGAAUUUUGCCCCGCAUCAAUACAAAACUUGUAUCAACUGCGGAUUUAUCUGCACUCGAAUAGGCCAAGUAACAUUAUUGAAUUGGGGAUUAUGACUGAAAAAGAAGUGAUUGACGUAGUGGGAAACUUUAGAAGAAACUAUGGUCGUUGGGUAUCUUUUCCAAACUCCUUAUCUACAGAAAAUCUAGUCAGGGACCUCCAAGAGAAAUCACCUCUACUUUUGACUACGUGCUGCUGUGUCAGCUACCGCUAUUCUGCUGGACCCAACCAAGAUAACCAACAGCGUAUCACCCGGUUGGCCAAAGUGCUCAUUAAGGAACUCAGCCAUAAUUUUACCCAGUUUGCGUCGUUUGCCAACAACGAUUACGGCUUGGUUGAGUUUUUCCAAAGUCUUGCCGUAUUGAGCUUGUACGCGGGAUCAAUAUCGUCAGUAGUAACAGAUGAAGAUCCAGAGUUGGCGGGCUUCAAUUUGGACCCAUGGCAGUUGUCAAGUAUUGGCAUUACCACUUUUCUCACCAAAUCGACGUUUCAGUUAUUCAAGACAAAGAGAAGCAAUACUGAAGAUGGUUAUGAGACAUUGACAAUACUACGCAUAUACAACCAUUUGUGUUUGGUUCAUCUUAUAAACAGUAUUUUUUCAGGACGGCCGUGUAUUUUGGAUGAUGGUAGAAUUCGAUAUUGCACAACGGCUUUAACGUUGUUCAACGCCACCAAUUUCGAUGGACGUAUGGUUUCUGAAAUCAAUAUUCUUUACAUCACUUACAAGUACCUCCAGAAAAAUGACGAUGCUAAUAAUGCCCCCAAUUUGCAAGAUUUCCAUUUCAAUGAAGUUGUUAAAGAAAUUCAAACGUGGUUUCAAAAUUGGGAAUACUUGAUCCAACAACCAGCUCUACAGUUUGCCGAGUUUAAUUAUCAUUUUUGUUCAAUUUUGAUCUACCUUGCACACAGCUUCCAGAAAUUGCAACUUGCUGGAGGGGCAGGUGGCGGUGUUGUUGGUGGCGUUAGUGGUGUUAUCAGUGACUUGAACAUGUUUCUUCAACAAGACAUAUUGGAUCUCAUAUUGAAGCAAUGUCAACCACAAAAUUUGCUUCUGAUGUAUCAACAUGCAAGGGAUCUUUUAGAGCAUAUCAAGCAGAUCAGUAGUGAAUCGUAUUUUGCUUACUUGUCAGAUCAGCUACAUUUUUGUUUCUACUUCAGUGGUGUACUAUUGUCAAGGAUUUUACGUCUUGCUGUAACGUCGAACUUGUCACACUUGGAGGAGUUCAAAGAUGUAAAUACAAAGAGAGGGUUAACACGUCGAUUGCAGCCAAUUGUCAACUUAACAAGAAAGAUUGAUGGGUUCUUGUCCGAUUCUGAUCCUGUUAUACUAGCAAAGUACAAUACUGGUUUGAAACAUUGUAUCGAGGAUGUACUAAAUGCUUAA